GCUCAAGGUGAUUGUUGGAUUAAGGAGCUGAAAGGAUUAUCAUGUUCCACUGGCUGGACGAACACCUUAAAUAGAUCAACACGACGUCUUCAGUGCUUCGAAGCUGCAGAAGAACCAGCAUCAGCCGACUGGGAACACAGAUUUCAUCCAGAGGGUUUCUUCUACCUCACACUGUGUAGAAAUGGCUGAUGUUUGCAAAGGCCUGAGUUUCCUUGAAACACUGAAAGAAUCCAUAGACAGCAAUAAGUUGUCAGAUGUCAGGGACACGGUUGAAGAUCUCUUGAUCAGUAGGAUCAACUUGGCUGUGGUGGGAAACCGCGGUGAUGGAAAAGACUCCUGCUUCAACUCCCUCCGUGGCCUCGGACCUGGGGAUGAGGGGGCGGCUCCUGCUUCAACCCCGGUGGCCUCAGAGGACGUUGCAGGCUACCCUGACCCUAAACACCCUGACUUUCGCCUGUGGGACCUGCCGCCUGUGCCCGACACCUCCCCAUUCGAACCUGAGGGAUACAUGGAUAGAGUUAAAUUCCCCCGCUACAACGCUGUCUUCAUGGCAUUCACACAUACGCCCCAUCCCAACAGUGUGCAGGUGUUCUUGGAAGCCCGCUCACUGCAGAGACAAACGGUGUACUGGGUUCUCUUAGCUUCAGUGGGAGAUCCAGAAAAGAGCCUUGAAGAGAAGAGGAAAGCCAGUCUGGAAACACUGAGGUCACAAGGUGUGACGCAGCCUAAAGUCUACGUGGUCAGACCCUCCACCCUGGAGAAGUCUGACUUCCCUGGUCUGUUGGACGACUUGGGCAAAGACCUUCCAGAGAUCCGAGCCCAAGCCCUUCUCUUGGCUCUCCCGACACUCACCUCAGCCCUGGUCACCCAGAAAAAGGAGGCCUUCAAAGCUCUGGUAUGGGCCGCUGCAUCGCUAUCUGGUGGGAUGUCUGCCGUUCCCAUCCCCCUUGUGGCUUCUAUGGUGGACUCAAGUGUAGCGGUGCGGAUCCUGACGAAAGCUCAGUUAUCUCUGUGCCUGGAUGACAAAUCAGUCGAGCGACUGGCCCGACAGCGAGGCGUGGAACCCCAGAGACUUAAAGGGCUGCGGACCUGUGCGCUGUCAGGGGAGGUUACCAAAGGGGAAGUGAAGCGGCGGCUUGCGACAGCAGAACAGGACUUGGCCACAGUGUCGUCAAAGCUGGUGGAGAUGGCCAUGCCCAGACACGCCCGUUAUGCCAGCCGCUCCUUCACCGCCAUGCUGCAAGCUCUGAACGGCGCCAUUGAUGAAAUGGCGGCCGAUGCCGAGAAGAUCGUGGCUGCAGCUCUCGGGGAGGGAGAGUGAAAUGCUUUUCUCUGUGUGUGAUGCUUCCUGUUUACGUGUUGUUCACCUGCACUUUUAUGUUUAUUCAACUCUCCACAAACCCUUUUGAUACAUUUUCACAUUGUUAGAUGAUGUUUUAAAUAGAGACACUGUAAAUACUAUGUGAGUAUAAAUUCUCCAAAUAAAUAUGUAGUACUGAAUACUGCUCUGUGCCGAAUUCAAUACAAACAAAAACAAAAAGAGGAAGUGGGAGGAAGUGCAUCUUCGUGCAGAUACUGUGAGAAGCUAACAAAACUAUAACCUUAGUCAGAACACCUACAAGAAGCUGUGUUCUAGCUUGCAUGAUAAGUGAUGCAAUUUUUUCUUAGCAUCCCCUUUCAAAGUGUGAACAGUUCCUUUUUCUGUAAAGUCUCAUUCUCGGAAUGAGGCUGUCCAUGACAGACUGAUACCAGUAGGUUCUCUGAGGAUCAGGAGAGACCCGAUUCCCAAUUUAACAAUGUUUACUUUGACAAACGCACAGAAGUAAUGUGAAUGUUUUACAGUCUUUGGCAUUUUAGAACCCUUUGAGAUGUCAUUAGGAUUAGAAGGGGGUGGAGCAGAUCAUCGAACAGGAAAACCCCCCGGGUCUAGACACUGGUGCUGGUUCAUCAGUCAAUCUUUUGUUUUGGAUGGGCCAUACA